AUGUUGAGAUCACUGCUAUUACCUCUGCGGAAUAUUCGGGAGCUUACUCGCGAGACUAUGCAAGCACGAGGCCCUGACACGGAGUACAUCCAUCAAGCCCAAGUACCGCCAUUGAGCCCCUGCUCGGAACAGAUGAAAGAUGCAGUGGAACAGCUCAAAGCAGCCGAGCUCACUACAUUACGACGCAUAUACGAAUUGAUGAACAAGAAUCGUCAUGUUUUGGACGUGUUUUGCGAGUUGGAUGGCUUUCCUGCUUUCAUACGUAUCCUUUCAACUCUUUCCGCCUCCACGUCUACUGGGUUGUCAAGUUCGUAUCACGCCCAGGAUAUUCUCGAGUGCAUGCAGUGGGCGUUUAUGGUCGCUUCCGAGGCCUUGGAUGGACACGAAGACAAUUUGGACUUCUUUGAGGAAUUCGUCGGGUAUCAUGUCCUUUCGGACGCCUGCAGUGUAUUUCUCAUCAAUCCGGCCACUUCUGAGAAGAUGCUUGGAUGCCUUCUAUCGCUUUCCUUGCAUAAUUUCGGCCUUGUAGAUGUGUUCGGCUCUUUGGUAGAAUGCCGGGACCUUGCGGAACUGGAUGUCAGGUUCUUGGAGCAUACACCUUCGUUCGGCACAUCACCAUCAUUGCGAAGUGAAUGGGAUUGUUGCAGAUGGUGA